AAAUAUGUAUUUCUUACUGUAAAUCACAAUAUCACAUUCAACAUCAUGUCCUCAAGGCUCAUCCAUGUUGCAGUAGGUGUCAGAAUUUCCUUCCUUUUUAAGCCUGAACCCACUGUCUGGACACAGCAUAUAUACUAACCCGUUCCUCCGCUCACGCAGACUGGCUGGCUUCUGCCUCUUGGCUACCGUGAAUAAUGCUGCUCUGAACACGAGUGUGCACACGUCUCUUGGAGACCCUACUGUUAAUUCUUUCGUGUGUACAGAGGCUGUUUUCAAACAUAUCAGUCAGAGAUCACCACGCCCUCGUCUCAGCGCAUAACCUCAAAUACUGGGCCCUGGCUGCCUGGCCUGCGAGACUCCGCAUGACGCCCCGGUCACCUCCCGACCUCACUGCUAUUGCAGAGUCCAGUCCAGCCGCCCAGACUGUCUCUCAAGCCUAGAAAGGUGGUCUGUGCUUGGGCUCCUGCAUGAUACUGUUCCCCAGCCAUCGUGUGGAGUUCUGCUUCCCUUUGGCCGGGCGUCUGCUUGGAUGUCUGGUGCAUUCCGUGUAUAACUGCCCGGCUGAUCCCUCCUGGCUACUGGACACCCACCGGCCUUUAUCCCAGGCUUGUCCUUGUUCCUCCUACAGACUGACCUGCGUGACCUUGGAGCAGACCUACUGUGACCGCCUGGUCCAGGACGCGCCUUUCCUGAUGGGCCACGGACGCCUCAGUGAGCAGCAGGUGGACAGGAUCAUCCUCCAGCUGAACCGCUACUACCCCCAGAUCCUCAGCAACAGUGAUGCAGAGAAGUUCCGGAAUCCCAAGGCGUCCCUGCGAGUGCGGCUCUGUGACCUGCUGGGCCACCUACAGCGGAGCGGCGAGCGGGACUGCCAGGAGUUCUACCGGGCCCUGUACAUCCACGCGCAGCCCCUGCACAGCCGCCUGCCCAGCCGGCUGGCCCUGCGUAAGUGUGCCCCCCGCGCCCCCAGACAGGAGCAAGCUGUCGGAUGCGGACACUGCCGCAUCUCGCGUGCCUGCUGUUACACAGGAGGAGGCGUCUGGCGGGUGUGGCUCCGCCCUCCCUCCAGCCUGGUGCCCUGGGGCCCGUCACCUGCGGGCUGGGGGCCGCUCACGGCUGUGCCGGCCUUGAAUAUCUGUGCCCCCGUGGCAGAAACUGUGGUCGUGCCCACAACUGAGGGUGCCCUGGCCGGGGGUGGGGGGAUCCCCAUAAUGUGGGCGUUUCUGUAGAACAAUGUCAGGCACGGUGGCUGGUCUGAGGCAUGCGCGCUUUGGUUUCAAGGGUUUUGCCCGAGAGCUCAAGAGGCACGUGAGUCCCGAGGGACCCUCUGAGCUGCGCGUGGGGAUGGAGGAGACACAGGCGGGGAUGGCAGUCCAGGCCUGAGACCUCUGUGCCCUGGUCCCCUGGCGGAGGGGCCGGUGUCCCUCGAUCUUCUGAUGGGAAGCCGGAGGCCUGAGGGACAGGGUGGCUCACCCUGACUGCUCAGCUGGGACCCCGGGGCAGGUGUCCCUGACCUGAGGAUGAGCUCUGGUCCAGGACCCGUGUGUCACACCAGCCACCGGGGGGCCCCACAGUCUGGCUGGGCAUCAAGCACCUUCCAGGCUCCUGGGCCACCAGCAGGUGGCCGGUUGGGGAGGUCUGGGAGAGAGUGUGCCCUGUCCUCGUAUGGACAGCACCAGACUUGGGAUGCUACGCUCGGUGCCUGCCUCCACACAGAGCGAUGCCCCCUACCCAUGGCCCUCGGGGUCUCAGGAUGUGGACAGAAGGAGAUCCAAAACUCAGGGUUCUGUGACGCUGAUCCCACGGUUCCCUCCCUGGUGCUCGUUCUGCCACGCCUGGCCCAGAAGGCUGGGUGGGUGUGUGUACAGCCUGGUCCGGCCCAGCCUA